AUGGUAAAAGGUGGCAAGUGUUAUAAACCCAUGAGCAAUGAUGGCAAAUGGUUUCCACAUCCAGACGCCCCGAGCAACGAGGGGAGGGACCGGGAGUUGUCCACGAGCACCGGGAGAACGCUGACUCAGGUUCCAGCGCAGUUGCCGCAAGCUUUUGACUUUGAACGCUUUACCAAGAUGAGAACGGACCAGAAAUCCAGGACGUAUCCAGUCUCGCAGCAUGACAACAAACUAUCCUUCAAAGACAAUGUCAUUGUCUUUGACGACGGCGCAGGGCGCAAAAAAUGUCCCUUGGAGAUCAAUCAGCACAAGUCUCAUUUCUGCCUGUGCCACCACGGGAUCAAACGCACCACUGAGAGUAGCUCGGUCUACGGGGCUGACUUCGCAACGCAACCCACUGUGGAACCCCCCAGGUUCCGGCGCUUCACGCGUGACCACCGGAGGAAGUGCUCGGAGGCGACUCUGGACGGAGGAGACUUCAUGUGGUUUGGACAAGACAGCUAUGAUGACGUCGACAGCAUGGAAGUGCUAGGCUUUGCAAAUCUCAAUGCGGCUUCCAGGCCUCUGUAAUUUGGUUACCUGGGCCUUCAAGACUUAAUA